AUGCCCAAGAUAAAGCUCAAGGGCUCUUUUUACGGACCCGACGACCUCAGUUCGCGCAUGACAUGGUCGGCUCACGCAGUUAUGGACGUUGACGAGAACGGCCACUUCGACUCGAGGGACAUGCGCGCCAUGUUUGAUCUCCACCGCCGUCUUAGCGCACGCUUUCUUACAUUAGAUCCUGAGCCAAACAAGAAGCACUAUUCCUAUGUCUCGGAGAUGAGAUGCUUUGGACAGUGGUGCACAUGCCUCAACUAUGAAGCAGGCAAGUCCGUGGUGACACUCUCGAACGACCCCGGCAAGGAGAAAGAGCGUCGUAGUUUGAACCCGCUGGGCAAAAUCGCUUGCAAACGCUGCCUCCAGAUGGAUAACGUGUCGUGCAAGACCGAGAUGCAACAUUGUUCCGCGUGGGAGGAGGCCCUGCUGCUCGCCUCCGCUCUACUGCCCCUGCCCGGAGUUGCGGUCAAGGGUUCAGGUCAAACGCUGCGAAGCCGAGACCAGCGCUACUCCGAGCCCGACAAAGGACCAGCAGCAACAAUGCAUCUGAACAAGACUGGAUUCGGCGCAUGGCUCGACGUGUUUCCGCAACUGGGAUCUGGGGUCAGUGUCAAUGUCGUCACCGGGCCUGGCUUUCACGAGAUGGAUGCCGCUGUUGAUUCGCUCUUCGCAGCUAUCGGGAACAUUGAUUCUGACACUAUUCUCCAGUGCAUGAGCAAGGGGCUCAAUCUCGAGUCAAUCGCUCACCUCGAGAUGACGCUUCGGGAAGCCUCGCGAGAACUUGACCAACUAUUCAACAUGCAUUACCGCGAUGAACAGCUGAUGGACAUGCUCAACCGGCCAUCUCUCCCAGAUUCAGCCCUGCCAUCAGCGAACGACAAGCCGGGAAUGAAAAUUUUCCGAGCCCUCCAGGGGUUCGCGCUUCUCGCAUUGCAGGGAAAAUACACCUUCUCCACGGCCAUGCGUUUUGGAACGCUUAGACUUGAUGAUUCACAAGACAACGAACCACCUCUUGAUGACGCGCUGGCAAAGCUGGAAACAUGGGCCCAGCGGUGUUACUGCCCAUCCCUGAGUUGGGAGAGGCCCCUUGGGGUCACUUCGUCUCUAGCUCAAGCCACUAAGCUCGUGGAAGGUGAAGAGGCCGUUAUCCAGUCAUUGGGUGCUGUUCUGGAGGUGCUAUCUGUGGAGUAUCGAACCAUGUUGGAGGACUUGUUCAAGAAACACAACAUCAAUCUCACAAACCUCAGCGUCUCGGAUAUUCAGGUACUCAAUGGUACAAAAUACUCUUUCGAUUCUGCGGCGGCUCUUUGGGACCAUGCCAUUCGCUCCAUGGGCGAUGGCAACACAGCCCACUUGGGUCCCAUGAUGGUCGCUACGUUGGCCGACAUGGUCUGCCAAACCUACUCCAUGAUGCGGCUCGUCACGCUUCCCCCGCCGCAAGAAGGAGAGUUCCAGCCAAAAUCACAGAGCGACCCCAGGGAGUUUAUUCGCGAAGUCCAUGACCUGCACUGUGAUAUUUCGGCAAUGCCGACAGAAAGUCUGACGCGGCCCCGCGACAGUGGUCUCGAGCUAAAGUUAUGUCGGAGGCACUACUGGACCCGAGAGCCGAAGUCUCUGGGGCGCCGCCAUCGCAUCAUGGAGGUCUUAAUUGAUCUUUUAAAGGAUGUCAAGAAUUCCCUAGACUUUUCGGUGCAGUUGAUGCCUGCCUGGGACGGUGACCCUACGACCAUUACAGAGAUUGAGCUUCGUGGCACGGCGGGAGAAAAUUCAGAACUGACCUCCUGUAGACUGGCCCGCCUUGUCGAGGACGGCGACGGCAUCGAGGACGGCGACGGCAACGAUGACGACGGCAACGAUGACGACAGCGAGGUCGAUGCCAUUAAUCAGCUCGAAGAAAAGCAUAAGCAAAUGUGCUGGAUCUUUUAA